UAUCACAAUACAAAUACUUGUAAGUUGAAAAGCCUGUACAACUACUACUUUCUAUCUUCGUAUUAAUUAAUUUAGUCAUGGAAAAAAAAGAAGUUCAAGAAUUGACAUUCUUGAACUCCGGUAAUUAUUUCCUCAAGAAUUCCGAUCGACUAACUGAGAAAUCGAUUAUGGAUCGCGGUAAAUCAAUGAUUCAAGAAGUCGAUUUCUUUUCGAGUGAUCGGAGUAGUCAUGAUCAUCAUCAUCAUCUUAAUCAAGAAAUGAAAGAUUCAUCUUCUUCAGCUCUUGUUGUUGCUGAUUCUGUUAACACUGGUUUAAAUCUCUUGACCUCGAGUUCUGGAUUCUCAGAAACAGCUUAUGGAAAUAAAUCCAAUAUUAAUGAAAUGAGAAAACUCGAAACGGAGUUGAAGAAAUUACACGACGAGAAUACGAAGUUACGGAGCAUGUUAGAUCAGAUUACGAGGAGUUACAAAGAGUUACGAGCUCAACUACUGAUAGUAAUGCAAAAACAAGCACAUGGGAACCGAAUAGAGCAGGGGUUCAUUUAUGACGAUGUGAUACAGAAAGUUGAAUCAAAUGGUACAUUUAAUCCUUUAAUGCCUGGCCAACGGUUUAUGGACCCACGCCCGUCUGAUACAUUAGAUGUCAACGAUGAUCCUUCGGUAUCUGAUGAUAAUAAUAAGACACGAGACGUUUCAGUUUCUCCGGCGAACACUGAAGCUAUGUCUCAAGUAAAUGGUAAACAAGGUUUUGGAGAAGACGGCGGUGAUCAGACUUGCCAAAGUUGGGGAACGCCUAAAGGUCAGAGAUUAUUAGAACCGGAAAACAAAGGCGGUGGUGAUGAUCAAGUUCCUUUUAAGAAGGCUAGAGUGUCUGUUAGAGCAAGAUCAGAGGCUCCUAUGAUUACUGAUGGAUGUCAAUGGAGGAAAUAUGGUCAAAAAAUGGCGAAGGGAAAUCCUUGUCCACGUGCAUAUUAUCGUUGCACCAUGGCUGCUGGAUGUCCAGUUCGUAAGCAGGUGCAAAGAUGUGCAGAGGACAAGACAAUUCUAAUCACAACAUACGAAGGAAAUCACAGUCAUCCUCUUCCUCCGGCAGCCACAGCUAUGGCUAACACCACAUCAGCCGCCGCGGCAAUGCUUCUCUCCGGUUCAACCACAAGCAAAGAAGGCCUACCGUUAAAAACCAACACAUUCUUCCCUUCGUUUCCUUGUGCUUCAACAAUGGCUACUCUAUCAGCCUCUGCACCAUUUCCAACUAUAACUCUCGACUUGACACAGAACCCAAACCCUAUGACGCCCUUCUUUCGUGCUCCUCAAGCAACUGCAUUUCCUAUUCCUUUGCAUGGCUGUCCACAAUUAUUAGGCCACCCUAUGUAUGUCCCACCUAAGCUACCAUCGGCUGCAGCCAUUCCGUACCGGCACGCUUCUAUGGUUGAGACGGUUAGUGCAGCGAUUGCAUCUGACCCGAAUUUCACUGCUGCCCUAGCAGCAGCGAUCUCUUCUAUCAUUGGUGCACCCAGAAGCAAUGAUGGAAGCAGCAACAAUAGUGCACAAAACGGGUUAACCGGAAUAAUGCCAGGAUCCCCUCAACUUCCUCAAUCUUGCACCACUUUCUCCACCAAUUAAGAGCAACUACUGGUGUGUGUCUCUGGUCUUUUUUACUUCCUUCUUUCAUUUGAGAGGGGGACGAUAGCACCGAUGAGUAUAGACCUUAAAUAGAUCACCGAAUUGUCACUUAACUAGACCGGGAUAUGUACUGAGAUUAUUGUGUCGAGUUUUAUUCAAGUUGGUUGAGAAUUGAAUCUUUGUUUUGAGUGUUGUUGAUGGCAGUACAACCAGGGUUUUAGAGAUGAAUACUUUAUAAUAGUGAGGCCAAAAUUGACGAAAAUGAAAUAAUUUGGGCAUGGAUUUGGGUGAUAAUAUUAAUAGGUGGUGAUAGAUGGUACAAGUGUUAUUGCUUAGUAUGGUGAGCUAUUUGAAAGCUUAGAGUGAGGUGUAAGAAUGAACGGUGUAUGAAACUAGAAUGUGAUGUAUUUGGUAAAGAAUAUAUAAGUUAAUAAUUGGAGAUAUGUAAAUAAAUAAAGUUCAAAUGAGACGUGAUGAACAAGAAAUAUAUAUUCUUGAUGUAAGAGAAAUACAAUGAGACAUCAUUUUCUAUUA